AUGUACAAUGCAUGUAAAAUAGCUGGGAACCAGAUAAAACAGCAUAAAACAAUAUUAAUACAAAGAGCAGAACCAGCUCCUUCUCUCAUGAAAACUGCUAAUGGAGGCAAGAAUAAGGCUAAAAAAUUAGUAAAAUUAGUAUUUGAAGCGAAUGUAAAAAUGGCACCAGCCGACCAACCGAGUCAGACGCCUGGUUUUCACUAG